UAAAGUCUCAGCAGCUCAGUUGGCAGGGCACCGAGUCGGUAGCCCGCAGAUCACUGAUUUGAAAACUACUGCUGCCCAGAUUUUCAUUUAACCUUCAAUCAUCAUCCAGUAGAAGAUUGUUUUAUAAAUUAUAGAGUGAUACAGUACUGUUUACUGUGUGUAUCAAUGAGUACCAUACACAAUAAACUCAUUUAAUGUGAAAUAUAAUGGUCUAUUUUGUUAACCAUGCACUUUUCAUUUUAGUUGUGAGAACUAGCAUAUACCAGGAUGCUAUUAAUAUUUCGGCAAUCUCUUGAGCUCUUACAACUGAUUUGUCACGUCCGUUUAAAUUAUUUGGUAAUAUUGAACAUUAGCUUCAACCAGCAUCAUAGUCGGACCUUUGGAUCACUGUAACGCUACAAGUCCUUGACCAUCGUCUGGAAAAACACCUUUCACUGUCCCAUUUACCUCUAUUGUUGUUCCUCUUCUCAGGUUACUUAGAGCAUUCUCAAAUUCUGCAAGUGUUGGAGGACCUAUCUCAGUAUUCUGUUCAGGAUGAUCUGACUGGAUAAACGGCUCCAGAAUAGUGAUUGCAUGCGAGUUGGACUGUCCCUUGAUGUGUUCUGCCCCUAAUUCUAGUCGUCUCUGUUUUGAUGUAGUGGUAGGUGAUAUAUUGCGGAUACCUUAUUGCUCAGAUCGUUUUGACUUUUUCAUAUGCAUAGCGGUAAUCCAUCAUUUGUCAACUUUGGUUAGGCGUAUUGAAGCAGUGAAUGAGUUGGCUCGUAUUCUACGUGUUGGUGGUCAAGGUCUAAUACAGGUUUGGGCCAAAGAACAGCAUGGUUUAUCUAAUUCUGAACCUACAUAUUAUGUGAAUCGUAAAACAAAAUGUGUAGUCGAUAUUACUAACUCAUCAGAACCCUCAACAAGAAUAAUUGAAGCAGUUCCCGGUGCUCACUUACCGUUACAUAUCAAUGGAACAGAAUUUCGUAAUACAGAUAUGCUAGUUCCUUGGAAAAAAAAGAACCAUCAAUCCAGCAUACAAUCCGAGGAUUCAAACAACGGAUUGCCGGAAUCAAUGUAUGGUCGUUAUUACCAUUUGUUUAUUCAAGGUGAAUUGGAUGAUCUUAUCUCACGGGUACCUGUUUUAAGAAUUGAAAAAUCUUUUUAUGAACAAGGAAACUGGGUUGUACAUGUAACGAAAACUGUAUAGAAUGUGUUUUUUUUUUAAUUAAAAAGUUGUAUAUACUACAG